GAACCUUAUAUGGUUAUAGUUGGCACCUUUAUUUCUUAGUGUAUUUGUUGGUGAACUUUCCCACAUCUUGUCCCUCCCCUUGAGCUGGCAGCCAUAAAAGUUAUUCAUCACUAAAAGGCUCACAGAAUUAAAUGCCUCACAGAGGAACGUAUUCAAUCAGCGCACAGCAACAUCAGAAAGGUUUUACAGUUAUGGGGAUAUUAGAUAUCUUCCUCCAGUCCCCCAGUUAUGUCUCAGUGUUGGGGGCUCUGGUGGUCCUGGUGCUCGCCUACAUUGUUUCGUCCUCCAGCUUCAGCUCCCAGGGAGACAGAAAGGAGCCACCAGGACCCAGACCACUUCCCCUGCUUGGCAAUCUGCUGCAUAUGGACCUAAAGAGACCCUACAACACAUUAAUGGAGUUUUCUAAGAAAUAUGGAUCAGUGUUCACCAUCUACUUGGGACCUAAUAAGGUGGUGGUCCUGGCAGGAUACAAGACAGUGAAGGAGGCACUUGUAAACUGUGCUGAUGAGUUUGGAGACAGAGAUGAAAUACGAAUUCUGCAUGACGGUUCUCAAGGAAACGGUGUUAUAUGGUCCAAUGGUGAUUCAUGGAAAGAGAUGAGGCGCUUUGCCUUGACAAACCUGAGAGACUUUGGAAUGGGCAAAAAGGCAUGUGAAGACAAAAUCAUUGAGGAAUGUGAGCACCUCACUGAGGUGUUUAUGAAAUUUAAAGGAGAAGCUUUUGAUACGACCAAACCAAUAAACUAUGCAGUCUCUAAUAUUAUCUGUUCCAUGGUCUAUGGCAGCAGAUUUGAAUAUGAUGACCCAGAGUUUACAUCCCUGGUAGAUCGAACAAACAGAAAUUUCCAGCUCUUGGGGACCCCGUCAAUACAGAUGUACAACUUGUUCCCCUGGUUAUUCCAAUGGGUUGCACAUAGGAAGGAAUUCAACAGCUUGUUUGCUGCCAACAGGAAACAGAACUUAGCGCUGUUCAGUCAUUUGAAAGAGACCCUCAAUCCACAGAUGUGCAGAGGUUUUGUGGAUGCCUUUUUGGUCUGCAAGCAAAAUCUGGAGAAAUCUGGGGUUACCAAUAGUCACUUCCACAGUGAAAACCUUUUGAUGACAGUUAUUCAGUUGUUUGCUGCCGGCACUGAUACAACCUCAAGUACGCUAAGAUGGGGACUUCUACUUAUGACCAAAUAUCCGAAAAUACAGGACCAGGUCCAGGAGGAAGUGAACAGGGUGAUAGGAGGUCGUCAGGUUCAGGUCGAGGACAGGAAGAACCUGCCCUUCACCGACGCCGUCAUCCAUGAAACACAGAGACUGGCCAACAUCGUGCCCAUGGCGCUUCCUCACAGAACCAGCCAAGACGUCACUUUCCAGGGUCACUUCAUUAAGAAGGGAACCACAGUGUAUCCUCUCUUGACAUCUGUCCUGUAUGAUGAGACUGAGUGGGAGAGCCCACGCACCUUUAAUCCUGCCCACUUCCUGGACAAAGACGGAAAGUUUGUCAAGCGAGAUGCCUUCAUGCCUUUCUCUGCAGGUCGUAGGAUUUGUCUCGGAGAGAGUCUGGCCAAGAUGGAGCUCUUCAUCUUCUUCACCACACUCCUGCAACACUUUCGUUUCAGUCCCCCACCUGGAGUUUCAGAGGAUGACCUGGAUCUGACUCCACGAGUGGGCAGCACCCUCAACCCUUCACCUCACAAACUGUGUGCGGUUUCACGGAUGUGAGAAAGAUCAAUUCAUCUUCUUAGUUAAACGUUAAAUGUCCUCAAAAUGUUCAAUGCUGCUGAUGUAAAUGAAUGUCUUUAAAGUGACAAAACAUUAAAUAUUAAUUUACUG